GAGGGGGGACACCACACUCACAUACACACACACACAUACACACACACACACUGGCCGCAAUCCUUGCUCUAUUCCUGAAUGUGGAGCCUUCCUCAUCAUCAUCCUCCUCCUCCUCCUGCCUGGAUCUGCACUGACCGCACCAGACAUCAUGGUCCCCUGCAGCUAGGACAGCUAUGAGCUGUCAUCCUGGGCUACAUGUAGGACCCCCUCCAGCAGAUUACCAUGCCUAAUUUCAGCACGCUGACUGUUUGCAUCACUGCAACCAGCUUUUCCAUUUCCCAGCUCCUGUUUCAUGUAGGCAGCUCUUGGUUCUCAACACGUCUGACUUGUGGCUUCAGAAAACUCAGUCCAAAGCAGAAGAUUGAAUGGAAUUCCAGGACAGUAUCGACGUUCCAUGCACUGGUAGUUGGAUGUUUCUGCUUGUAUAUUUUACUGUACGAUGACGCUGUCAAUGCUGACCCAGUUUGGGGGGAUCCAUUCUUGGUCAAGCUGAAUGUUGCAAUAACCUCAGGCUACCUCAUCUCAGACUUGUUGCUUAUUUUAUACUACUGGAAGGCGAUUGGUGAUAAAUAUUUUGUGACGCAUCAUGUGGCAGCUCUGUAUGCUUACUACUAUGUACUGGGUGAAGGAAUGUUGCCAUAUUUUGGUAAUUUCCGACUCCUAGCUGAAUUCUCCACACCUUUUGUCAAUCAACGGUGGUUCUUCGAAGUGCUGGGAUACCACAAACAUUCCGUGCCCAACAUGGUGAAUGGAGUUUUGAUGACAAUCGUCUUCUUCAUUGUCAGGAUAGCUGUCAUACCAACCUAUUAUGGGCGCGUCUUUUCUACUUUUGGCACAGAGGCAUUUCAUAGACUGGGUCUAGGAGCACAAUGCGCUUGGAUCAUCUCCAGUGUAUCUCUGGAUAUAAUGAACGUUAUGUGGAUGAUGAAGAUCUCUAAGGGAUGCUACAAAGUCCUCUAUCAUUCUGAUGGCUUUUUGACCAAAACGCAGAAAAAUGGGAAGACUGAUUAGAUUCAAGAGCAUCUCAUGUGUCUUCCAACCAGCAGCAGUUGGGGGCUCGUCGGGACCUGCAUGUGAUUUUUUUUUUCCAUCAUAUAAAUAACGAACUUCUGUUAUUACCUCUUUGUAAUGUUAAUCGCUAAUGUUCACAUCUUACAGUUCUACCAACACACUAAUCCAAAGAGCGAGACUAUAUUUCUGCCAAUAUUUUAAUAGAGAUUUCGGUAUUAGUAGAACAAAUUUUAUGUUCUCUGUAAUGCAGCGUUACAUUCUGACAUUCCUAUAUCUUUGUAGAAUAUCCCAGAGAGCGGAGACUAACUAGUAAAAUCAAAAUACUCUAUUUGGUAGAAUAUGUCAAUUUUGAUUCAUGCUCUAAAUGUUGCAGUUACUACUGGUUAGUAUUUUUUUUUAUGGGAACAUUAAUUCCUGUGUUAGUACUAUCUAAACCUAAAGUUUAUAAACCUAUGCAGUAAAUCUCUUUAGUACAUAACCAUU